UGACGGACACAAUAAGACCGAAAAAAAAAAGGAUGCAGUCGCAAAAUCGUACUCGAGUGGUGCCGGAGCGGCGGAAUCCCUAAAGCGGCGUCAACACCUCGUCACGCCCGAUGGCGGCCGCAGAGCAGCCACCGAAGAAGAGGAAGCUUUACGAGGCAAUACUGGAGCACCGCGCCCCUCCGCCUCCGCAGAAGACCUUCGUCUCGUCCCCUCCCCCACCCCCUUCGCAGGAGGAAAUUAUCCGCAAGCGGAGGAACAAGGAGGAGAUCAGGAAUCUGGUAGAUUGCUACCGAAGGAUCAAGUUUUGCAUUUCCCAGAAGGAUUCUCGCCUCAUGCCAGAACUUGAGCAGGCCUAUCUGGCCCUAAUUACCACCUCCAGAGGUUGUACGAGUGUGCAACGUAUAGUUGCUGAUCUUAUUCCUCGGUAUGCAUCAUUCUGUCCUACUGCUCUAGAAGCAGCAGCUAGAGUUUCCAUCAACAUGUAUAAUUGGAGUCUGGCUAUAAUCAUGAGAGGAGAGGACAUGGAUAGUGUGGCAUACGAAACUGUUAAAGCUUGUAUUUUUGGACUGGUUGACAUUUCUUGCACGGCAUCAUCUGAAGCACCAACAUCCUCUGUCAUUCAGGGCAUUUGUUCUGCAGUUUUCUCAAACAUUCUUACUUUUUUUGUUUCAACUUUUGAGGGUAAGGAUAUAUAUCCAGUGGCUAGCAGAGAAGUUGAAAAGCUUCACGAACCAAUGGAAUUCCUUCGUGAAAUGAAGGAUGAUAAGGAGGACAAUGAACCUGUUCUGCAUAGGUUAUUUAAGCUUCGAGCACUUAGUUUGCUCUGCAUAUUAUUUGCCUUCCCAAAGAACUUACUUGCAGCUUGCUUUGAACUCUUUGUUUCUGGUGGAAAUGAUAACACUCUACAUAGUGGAGCACAAUUCUUUCUCCGUCAGGUGACAAGUCAUUUGAAUGGUGCUGAGAACGUAAAAAAUAAUGUUUCAGAUGGAGAGAUUGAUCCAUCUUCACCAUGUCCAAAAUCAGCAAGAACUGGUGUAGAUUCUGACGGAAAUGAUCAAACCAAAACAGAAGCAAAUAAUGACAAACUAGAAAAAAUGGUGUUUGAAUCCAAUAAUUGUUUAUUGGGAAAGGCAAUUAAAAAAGAUCCAUCCUUGGGAGUUUGGAUAUUUUCUUAUUGUAGAAAAUUAUCCAGAUUACAUGGGACACAGGCUACUAAAGAGUUAUUAUCAAUUUUAGAAAAUGCAAUAGGGUCUUUGUCAAAGUUCAUUGAUGGAGCAGAUCUGGAAGAGAAUGACAUGGUCUACUCGCAUGUGUCAAAAUAUGCAGAUAUCAGCAGCUCAUAUGUGGCUAAUAAGUAUCCUCCUCAGCACAAUAGAGCUCUUAAUGUUUCAAAGGAUAUAUUGUCAGGAGUUCCUGAUAGUUCUUCAGCUGAUGCAAAGAAAAGAAGUAAUGAUUCUGCUGAAAAUGCUACAGGCCAACAUGUUAGGUCUUUUUGCCCAUUGCCACAUGAGAUAAAUGCACUGCCAAAGGAUGGAAGUUGCAUUAGUGGAGGGGAGAGGUUGGCCAACUUGAAGAAAAUGGAUCAUGAAAGCCAAUUCUUGGAGAAGACACCUGAUCCAAGAGAAUUGAAAAGAAGUCAGUCUAUUUUAGGCAUUGUGAAGGAUUCAGAUGGUUCUGGUGCUGGAGCUAAGAAGCACCAUCACAGUACUGAUAUUGGCAUGACGGCAAAUGCAUCUGCUUCUGGAGCUGCAACUGCAACAUUUUCACUGCCUGAAGGGCAUUCAGGUACUGGUGAACUUACACUGGAUAAGUUCGCUAAGCUUUUAGUAAAGCAAGUUGAUGCUUCUGUCCCAGAAAUGGAGUUGAUCAAUGCAUUUUCUAGAUUUGGAGAGGUUGCAGGAUGGCAUUUUGACAGACCAAAUGGUCGCUGCUAUAUAGAUUUCCGGUUACAUGAAGCUGCAGACCUCGCAAAGUUUCAGUUGCAUGGUGCAAGGUUUGGGUCUACAACAAUUCAAGUGGAAACUAUAAGUAGAAGCAUUGGAAGUGCUGCUGACAGCAUGCUUUUCUCUCCAAUGGUUCCAACGUUGUAUGGUGCUAGUGCUGAAAAGUGCAACCCUCAAAUAUCUCAAUUGCAUUCCUUGAUUUCAUCGCUCUGUACUAAGUACAAUUUUAAUAAAAAAAUUUCUCAUGAAAGCAAUAAGCAGAAAAAAUAUUCACUUUCCAUGAAGGAUGAAGCACCUUCAAACACUCUCUACAUUACUCUAUCUGCUAGCUUGUCCACACCAUUUGAAGAUGAUGAUUUGAGGGCCUUGUGCAAUCUUGCUGUGGGAAAUGUUGGUGCUGUAGUUAGAUUGACACGAGUAGGCUUGCAAAGCUCUUGCUGGUUUAUAGAGUUUAAUAGUGUCGAUGCUGCUGUUACAGCUUUAGGAAAUAUACAGAGUUGUCCUGACAUGUUCCUUCUAGCUGAAUUCAGGAAUACAGGAGUCCCUGUGUAUCAUGGAGAAUCAACCACGCCAAGGUCAUUAAAUGCCUUGGGAUAUCCACCAUCUCCUGGAGAAUUUGGGUCUGCUAAACCAGGAAAUCCUUAUGCUAGAUCUUUUGUAAAUAAACCUGAUAUUGGUCACCACCAUAUGCCAGUAUCCCCAAGAGUACAUGUAGAUAAUUUAGGAAUGCAGUUGCAGCAUGGUCAAGCAUUCCAGUCAAAUUGGAAUCCUACUACUGGUGCUGAAAUUCGUGAGAUGUCCAUGGAUGUAUCAUUCCCUGGUCCGGCAACCAAUGCUAUUGACAGAAACUGGCAUUACAUGAAGCAAGAAAAUGAACCACAGAUAUUUGGUAAGGGGAGCAUACCCAACCGCCCUAGCAUUACACGUGGUGGCUCUGUCAUACCACUGCCAUUACCAUCACCUUUGGCACGCCCUGUCUAUUUCACUCCGAGUAAUUGUUGGGAUAGUUCUGGUCGAGGUCCUCCCUUAAGCCGAACUCCAACAGGAAUGAUGCUCCAUGAUAACCGUAAUAUUAAUACAUGUCCUGUGCCUUUUAUACCCUCUUCUAUUACUCCACUUUCACAAUUGCCAGGUGGCGCCAUGCAGCAGAGACUUGAUCAAGUAGUGAAUGUUCCUCCUCUACCAAAUAUAGUCCCACCACCUCCUCUCCCAUCAGAUGUGGCACCUCCAUUACCUUCAUCUCCACCUCCACCACCACCCUCACAGCCACCCUCUGUUCCACCUCCUCCAAACUCUCCUCCUUUGCAACAAUCCAAGGAUUUCCUCUUGCGAACAAGUGUAUUAUCUUCUCACCAUCAAUGGCAAGGCAAUCUUACAAAAAGUGGUGUUCACUAUUGCACAAUUUAUGCAGUUAGAGAGGACUCUGUUGCCUGUAAAUAUUUAAACACAUUGUCAGAGCCAACAGAUUGGCCUCUUAGGUUAGACGUAACAAAGCGCACAGACAUUCAACAUGUUAAGUCAACUUUUGCAAACACUCCACCGCACAAAAGAGAGGUCUGUCGUUUGCUACCUUCCACCACAAGUGACCAAAAAGGAAUUCAGGACUUCACUUCGUAUUUGAGACAAAGGGAAUAUGCUGGAGUGAUAAAGCUUUCCGCGAGCAAGUCCAUGUGGACAAGAUUGCUCUUUAUCCUCCCCUACUCGCUUGACACAUGCUCCUUGCUGGCUAUUGCACCUCAACCAGCGGAAUGCCUCAUUGCUUUGGUUCUGCCAAAAGAAACAAAUGUGGAACAACCGUAGCUUUAUAUAGUGUAGUGUGCCGCAUGUCUAUAUCUAACAUUUUCCAUUUAAGAAAUAUACUCAGGAACACAUUUUUGAAUGCCUGUAAAAUCUUUCUUUCUUUUUUUAAAUUUUAUUUUAAUCUUUGGGCUCUGCUAUUUAGCUUCAGGGACUGGGCAUCUGACUGUUGUAAUACUGAUGCCGUGAACAAGCCUGGCUGUACCUACAUUGUGGUUUUGCGAAACGACUCAAUGUUUUGCCCAAAGGCGAACCUGUUGUUUGCUUUUGGAUUUUCAAUUGAUGAUCAUCUUUUAUCCU